AUGGCCGGUUCUCAAGUUUUCGACGAUGCUCCCGAGGGGGGAUGGAAGGCCGCGCAUGGGAUUCCCGUGCCUGGUUUUGUCGAGCCAGUUCUCACCGUCACUGUGCUGCUCUUGGCCAUGUUCUUCACCCGCAGGAGGAACUACGCCCUGGUCAAACCGAGAGAUCGAUAUCAACCGCCCUCGGGCGAGGAAUCGCCCAGGAGUUCUGACGAGUACAGCCACCUCUUGCAUCGCCGGCAGAGCGGCCAGUACCCUCCCAAGCGCCGCUCCUGUGGCAGCUGCCUGCGCUUCACGACGCCCAACUCGGGCCGUUUUGCCACCAACUUCCACUCUCGCAUCCUGCAAAAGUUUCCCUUUUUGAUCGAAAUGUUUUACUGGGGCGUCAGUUUCGGCGCGUAUAGGUACACCAAGGUUCUCGCCCAGGCGGCCUAUGGCGGCCGCAAGAGCAUGUGGGAUUCGGCCCAGCAGCACGGCCUGUCCAUCCUAAACUUCGAGGCAUUGUUGUGGGUAGGCAAUCGACAGGCACCGGAAAAGUGGCUCGAAUGGCAGAUCCAACGUUGGUUCCUGCACGGAACCGAGGCGGGCGACUACCGAGCCUGGAUCCUGUCCUUUUUGAACCGUGGAUAUGCCCUUGUGCAUCUGCCGGGCACCGUUUCGUUCCUUGCAUACUACUACACCACGGCGUCGACCCACGCCCGGUUCUGCACCGUCCGUCGCACCAUGACUUUGACCAACUUCCUCGCCUUCGUCAUCUUUAUUCUCGUCCCCACGAUGCCGCCGCGGCUGCUGCCCAAGGAGUACGGAUUCGUCGACUCGGUCAGCUUGGAGGAUGCCGAGUCCGUCUGGAUGGGUGGCGACUUUGUCAAUCUGCUUGCUGCCAUGCCCAGCAUGCACUUUGGCUAUGCCUUUUGUAUCGGCUGCACCUUUGUUGCCGAGAGUGGCGUUGUCAAGGGCUUGUUCUCGUGGCUGGAGAAGCUGGCAAUCCGCCCCUCGGGCCCCCACGAGGACGACGACGAAGACGACGAGGACGAGCCGGUAGAAGCCAGACGCAGCGCCUUUGCAAGGGCCUGCAUGUUUGUUUUCGGCAUUUGGUACCCCACGUGGAUGCUCAUCACCAUUGUCAGCACAGCCAACCACUACUUUCUCGAUGCCUUUGCCGCCGUGUUUGUCGUCUUGGCAGGCUUCAUGUGCAACCGAGUGCUGUGCAUCUUCCUGCCCGUCGAAGAUUACCUACUAUGGAUGCUGCGCCUCGAGAAGCCGGUUCCAACAACGGGUUGGAAGAAGAAUUUGUCCAGUGAGUAA